UCGGACGGCGGGACGCUCCGGGCUCCGCCGGGCGCGGCCGUUGGGAGCGCGGCCCCGCGCGGCUCGGGCCUGGCGGGAUUAGGGGCUUCUCCUCGCUAAAUCCUGCGCUGCGGUGAGACAGCGGCUUUAGCGCUGAGCCCCGCUCCUCCCCCCGCGGCACCCUGCCUGGCCAGCUAAGCCGCGCUAAUCGCAGGCGCCCAGCUCGGCCGGGGCCGCCGGGCCUGGGCCCGAUCGCGGCCCGCGCCCCCCCUGCCCAUCGCCCUUCCUCGCCCGAGCGCGGCCAUGGAGCCGCCGCGGCCCCGUCACUGCGCCCCGUCCUCGCCGCCGGGGCGCGGCGGGCGGGAGAACAAGGGGCUCCGUCGGAAGGGCGCGCCGGGGACCGGGAGCUCCUGCGGCUCCGAGGAGACGGUGGACAGCAGGAAGCCCAAAUUCCACUUAAAUAUCAAGACACUGACAGAUGAUGUGUUGGAUCGAUUUGCCAGUAUAAGAAUUCCAAGAAGUAAAAAAGAAAGACCUCCUCUGCCACAUAUGAAGCAGUCACAUUCUACAGAUUGGUCAUCCACACCCAUGGACCCAGAAGAUUUUGCUCCAAAACCGCUGUCAGAAAGAGAAAUCAUAGCACUGUUCGAAAAAAUGAUGGAAGAUAUGAAUUUGAAUGAAGACAAGAAGAUGCCAUUGAGAGAAAAGGAUUUUAAUACCAAGAAAGAAAUGGUGAUGCAAUAUAUUAGCACUGCUUCAAAGUCUGGAAGUCUCAAGAACAGUAGGAAGAUUUCACCCCAAGAAUUUAUUCAGGAUUUAAAAUCUGGGUCAACGGAUGAAAGACUAGUCACUUGCUUGGAAUCUCUCCGUGUGUCCUUGACUAGUAAUCCUGUCAGCUGGGUUGAAAACUUUGGCCGAGAAGGUCUGGGACUGCUGUUGGAUGUUUUGGAAAGAUUAGUUGAGACAAGAAACCAGGACAGAGUUGUGAAGAAGAGUCAGCACAAGGUUAUACAGUGUUUGAGAGCCUUCAUGAAUAAUAAGUAUGGAUUGGAAAGAAUCUUGGGAGAAGAAAGGAGCCUUUUGUUGCUGACCAAAGCAAUUGAUCCCAGGCAAACCAACAUGAUGACAGAUAUAGUUAAACUCCUGUCUGCAAUGUGCAUUGUUGGAGAGGAAAAYAUCCUUGAAAAGAUUUUGGAAGCUGUAACGGCAGCAGCAGAGGAAAGGAAUGUUGAUAGAUUCUCUCCUAUUGUAGAGGGUCUUCAGGAUAACUCAGUUCAGCUACAAGUAGCUUGUAUGCAGCUCAUCAAUGCUCUCGUUACAUCUCCUGAUGACUUGGAUUUUAGGCUGCACAUCAGAAAUGAAUUUAUGCGCAGUGGAUUGAAAGAGAUAUUACCACAACUACAAUGUAUAAAGAAUGAAGCACUAGAUAUUCAGCUGAAAGUGUUCAAUGAGCAUAAAGAAGAAGACAUGAUUGAAUUCUCUCAUCGUUUAGAAGAUAUUAGGUCUGAACUAGAUGAAGUAAAUGAUGUUUACAACAUGGUGUGGAAUACAGUUAAGGACACUAGUGCUGAAGGAUACUUUCUUUCUAUUCUCCAACAUCUUUUGCUGAUAAGAAAUGAUUAUUUUAUCCGUCCACAGUAUUUCAAAUUAAUUGAAGAGUGUGUGUCACAGAUAGUGUUACAUCGAAGUGGAACAGACCCAGAUUUCACGUAUCGUAAAAGAUUAGAUGUAGAUUUCAGCCACUUAUUAGAUGUUUGUGUAGAUAAAGCAAGAUUAGAAGAAUGUGAAGAGAGGGCUUSUGAGCUUUCCAGAAAAUUUGAAAAAGAUUUUGUAGUUCAUCAGGAGACCCAGGCCCUAUUGCAAAAAAAAGAGGAGCGAAUCAAUGAACUUGAAACAGAAUUACAAGCUUUUAAAUCACAGUAUGGCUCUGUGCCACCUGGUUUUCUGCCAUCACCUUGUGGAGAUGCAUCAGUCGUUCCACUGGAAGGUGCAGGACMACAUCACUUUCCACCCCCUCCUCCUCCACCGCUGCCUUCCAAUGGAGCAAUUCCACCACCUCCGCCUCCCCCACCUCCUCCACCGCUUCUGAGUAGCUUGGGAGCUCCUCUGGGUUUUGGUGGCGCUCCUCCACCACCGCCUCUACCAGGCCUGCCUGGAAUGCAGUGGUCCCCGCCUUCAUGUGCUUUGCCAUUUGGACUGAAGCCUAAAAAAGAAUUCAAACCUGAGGUUACCAUGAAAAGACUCAACUGGUCUAAGAUCAGACCUCAGGAGAUGACAGAAUCCUGUUUUUGGGUUAAGGCCGAAGAGGACAAGUAUGAGAAUGCUGACAUGCUUUGCAAAUUGGAACUUACAUUUUGUUGUCAAAAAAGGGUAAAAAGAGAAGAAGAUGAUUUUGAAGAAAAGAAAUCCAUUAAAAAACGGAUCAAAGAAUUAAAAGUUUUGGAUCCUAAGAUUGCACAGAAUCUGUCAAUUUUCCUUGGAUCUUUCCGCGUGCCUUAUGAAGAGAUCAAAAUGAUGAUAUUGGAAGUAGAUGAAACACAACUGUCAGAGUCCAUGAUUCAGAAUUUAAUAAAACACCUCCCUGAACAAGAGCAACUGAAUGCAUUGUCCAAGUUCAAGAACGAGUAUAACAAUUUGUCUGAACCUGAGCAGUUUGGAGUUGUGAUGAGCAAUGUGAAGAGACUACGGCCACGGCUCAGUGCUAUUCUUUUUAAGCUUCAGUUUGAGGAGCAGGUGAACAACAUCAAACCUGACAUCAUGGCUGUCAGUGCUGCCUGUGAAGAGAUAAAGAAGAGUAAAAGCUUUAGCAAGCUGCUGGAACUAGUGUUGUUAAUGGGAAACUACAUGAACGCAGGUUCUCGGAAUGCACAGACCUUUGGAUAUAAUCUCAGCUCGCUAUGUAAACUGAAGGACACGAAGUCAGCUGACCAGAAAACAACAUUGCUCCAUUUUCUUGUAGAAGUGUGUGAAGAAAGCUAUCAGGAUGUCCUGAAUUUUGUUGARGAUUUUCAGCAUUUAGAUAAAGCUAGUAAAGUCUCAGCAGAAAACCUGGAGAAGAGCCUUAAGCAUAUGGAGAGGCAACUUCAACAGCUUGAGAAGGAUUUGCAGACUUUUCCAGUUCCUGAAGAUAAGCAYGAUAAGUUUGUCGCAAAAAUGUCRAGCUUUAUAGUUCAUGCCAAAGAAGAUUUUCAGAAACUUUCACGGAUGCAUGAGAACAUGGAAAAGCUCUAUCAGAAUGUGAUGGGGUAUUAUGCCAUUGAUCUGAAGAAAGUUUCAGUGGAGGAGUUUUUAACGGACUUGAACAACUUCAGGAUGAUGUUCAUGCAAGCAGUAAAAGAAAAUAUGAGAAGAAGGGAAGCAGAAGAAAAGCAGAGACGUGCUAAAAUAGCUAAAGAGAAGGCAGAAAAAGAAAAACUAGAGAGGCAACAAAAGAAAAAACGCUUGUUAGAAAUGAAAACAGAAGGUGAGGAGACUGGAGUGAUGGAUAGCCUGUUGGAGGCCUUGCAGUCAGGUGCGGCUUUUCGAGACCGAAGGAAAAGGACACCGAGGUGUAAAGACAUACAACAAAAUCUCAGUCCAACCACACAGCGGCCUGUGCUGAAAGCUUGUAACCAUGAGAACCAGAAAGAACAGCUAGAGAAGCCGUGUUCCCAUCACAGUAUCAGUUUAAAUUCAACAAGAAGCCCAGUCAACAAAGAAGUUACAUAUGAUGUGGAAACAAGUUCUAAGGUGUGGAACAAGGCUGUUGGAAGAAAGGAAGCCUGUCAAGGAGAAGGCAGCAAAGAAAAGAAAAUAGAUCGUAUUGGRUCCCCUUCUAAGGGAGAAGCCAUUCCAGAAGUAGAAGCUCUCUUGGCAAGACUGCGAGCACUAUAGAAUAAUCAUAUAUACAAGUUAAAAACAAUAGCCUACACUGCAUCUUGAAAGAAACAGUAAUUUUCUGUUAUUGACAUURCAUACUUUUGAGUUCCUAACUUCUCUGUGGAUGAAUGAUCUACUUCUAAACUUUGUUUGCAUGACUGUACAAAACAAUACCAUAGUUUUGCAUAAUUGCAAGUUGAUUUUUUAUUAUAUGUUUUUACUUAAUAAGUAAAUACUUGAAAAGUAUCAGAAGAAAACAAAUAUUAAAUUAUUCCAAAGCAAAAUCCUUUUAGUGGGCAGGCUGCUGAGCACCUGUUUUGAGUGCUUCUGAAAAUAGAAAUAUCUUUUAAGUAUUGUUAAAUCAUCAUGCCUGGGAAUAGGGUCAAUAAAUAGCAGAAAAGGUAUUCUUAUAUUUUCUACUGUCAUUUCUAUAUUUAGGAGGUUCAAGCACCAAAARUGUAUCAUUAUAGUGUCAUUUACAAUUUCAGUAAUAUACAGUAUCAGCCGUAUUCCAGUUGGAGUUCAUCAAAGAGCACCAAAGCUUGCUGAAUUAUAGAUGUAUUUACCAAAUGGCAAUCCAUGCUCAGUAAAUAAAAAAAUCUAUGCAAAUUAUAUACUUUAUGUGUAAUUAAUAUAUCACUGCUUUUAAGGUUAUUGUGAUUAUUAUAUCAAAAUAAUAUAUACAAUUGCUUUGAUUGCAAGGUUUUGCAAUUGUGUCUUUAGUGGGGGAAAAUGUCUUCACAGUUAUUUAUCCAGAAUAGUAUUUUAUCUUUUCUCAUGUGAAUUAAUAUGUUUCUAUAAAAGGAACAUGUAAUGGAUAAGAUUUUUUCAAUUGGUUUUUCCCAAACUCAUUUUCCAGUAGCCCAUAAAGUCUUACUUGCUGGCACAGCAGGAGUCUUGCAUGUGAUUGCACCUCUUUUAUCCCACUGUCACUGUACAGUGUUGUGUAUUUGCUAUUGUAUUUAUUAAUUGCACAUCAGAAAGAGUUGCUACSUAUGUUACAGGGUAGGAAGCUACUAUUAGUAUCUUUGCUCCAUUAUUUACAGCUUCCUUAUUAUAUAUGUAUUAAGUAGCUAAUAUCUUUCUUCUAAAUURCUUUAUUUUUCUUUACAAAUUGCUGAAAAAUAUGUCUUUCAAUAAGAGUCAGUUACAYGAAACCAGUGUUUCAAUGCUCCAGUGCUUUUUAUAUCCUUGUUUAAGUUGCCUUUGUACUUCCUGCACUAAACAUUAAUAAAGUUAAUUAGAACUCGAAAACUGGGCCUGAUUAUACACACAGCAUAGGGGGGUUUUCAGCCAUCAUGGGAAUCAAUCUCUUGUUCUGGGACUGUUGUAGCUGUCAUUAUACACUAAUUACAUUUCCCGCCUUAGCUUCCCAGAAGUCAGGGAGGGAUUCAGAGCAGGCCUGUCAGAUAGACAUUUCUUCAGCUGCUCUUGCAAACAGUGGGCACAGCUGUCAUAUAGAGACACCUUUGGUAACUUGAAAUGUAUCUUGAAUGGAUAACUCAAAAUACAGCAACUGAUAGCUCUUCCACUGAGGCCUUCUGCACCUCCAUUAUUAAUACUUACUACCCCUAUUUAAAGGGUGCAGUAAAAAUAACUAUCUGAAAAGUCCAGCAUGAUUGGCUACAUAAAAUUUUAACAUUUUAAACAAAAAGAAAAUGCCUGUUCAAGGGGAAGAAAAGUUAGUAGUUCAUUGGAUCUCUUCAGUUGCUGAGGAUGUGCUAAAAUAGAAGAGCUAAAAGUAGAGAGCCAUCUCUUGGGACAAUGACCUACCGAGUGUAGGUGGAAGUACAAAUUAUUUUCAUGGACACUGUAAACUUGUUCAUUUGAAUUAGUGGGUGGUACUCCACCACAGAAAACUGACAGUUCAGAACACUACUGUAUGGUUGAUCAAGCAAAGAAAAGUUACAAAAACCAUCUACUGAGUUUUGCAGUGAACAAAAUGCUACUAGAAGCAGAGCAYCUCCCUAAUUUAUCUUUAAAAUUACAGAAUUUAGGCUACAUUUUUUUUAGAGUUUGGGAAGCUUUUAGAAAUGUAUUCCAGGGCUYUCAGUCCUUCUAAGAUAUUGUGCUCCUGAAUUAAUCCUUCCAAGCACACAUCACGUUAAUAUGCAGAGGGUUUUUUUCUGUAACAAGGCAGAUAAAAAGCUGCGCAACUUUUUAGAAUCCAUGUAAAUACAGUAACCAGUUYCCCCCCCCUUCUGUGCUUCUUUGUAUCAUCAUAACUUAAUCUUCACAGAGUUCAAGUGCAUGGUCCAGUUGAAGUACACAGUAAGUUUUCUUUCUACAUUUUAUCUUUCUUUAAUUCCCAUUAGACACGAACAAAUACACAGGAUUUUUUUGAUAGGAAGAAAAGCUUGUAUUGCCUAAUGAGUUCAGGGGGAAAAUAACUUUGAAAGUAUUACAGCUGUAYUUAUUUCUUUGAUUUUAUGUUUUUAUUAAAGUAUAAAACUCAGCUUGUAAAUUAUAUGGAGUAAAUUGCUUUGAUUAAAUUCUAAAAUUAAUUCAUUUAUUCAGUUUAAAAUUUAAAGUUAAUUCAAUCUUAAAGUACUUAGGGUAGACCUUUAAUGGCAUGUGCUAGUCAUUUUUAGUAGGGAUCAGGUUUACUUGAACUCAGAGAUUGAGCCUUGGACCACUUGUGUUAGAUAUGGACAAAGGUGUCACAUAGCGUGCCCCACCCUCUCUAUAAUUCACACCUGAAAAUUAAAUCCCUAUAAAAAGAGCCCUUGAUUUAUUCAAAUAUGACUGUUCAGACACAGGCAUUUGAAACAAUCUUGCAAGGCACGUUCCACUGUUUCUUCCCUACCUGAGCAGCAGACAGAAGGAAAAAACAUCCAUGGCUUUUCUUACCAGUACAACUGUAAAGGUCUAAUACAUCUUUUUGAUUCUUCACAUGCAUAUUGGAUGACUUUUCAUUUCACUCAGUAGAAGAAUUUUGAUUACUACAUCAAUUUUUGCUUCCUGUAUACAUCAUGAUCUAAAUUCAUCUGUAAUAUUCUAGUGUUUUGACCUUAGCAAGGUAGGAAUGUUUGUGAUCAGUCUCUUCAAGCUGCAGACAGCCAAGCAUGGCACCUGACUCACAGGCUGUAGGUAAUAUCCCAGUGUGUGUAAACCCAGAAGGAAAAGUGGAGGAAGUGCCUUUAUUACAAAAAAAUACAACAACACCAGGACAUGACUGCCAUGAGUUUUGAUACUGCUCUGGAUUGGRCACUUUGUUAAAGAAAUACAGACCAGCAACCUGAAAAAAAUCCCUUAUUUUUAGUUCCCAAUUAUUAUGGCAACAUUACUGCUUAGGAGACUCAAAGGACAUGUAGGAAAAAAAAUGUCUCAGAUGCAGUCAUUUCAAGGAGUUUUUGUCCAACAUGCAGUUUUCCUUGUUUUCCCUCAUACAACCAUUCCUCAGCCUGGCCCAUUCAAAGUCACACUCUCAGAACUGCAGGAGUUAACACUCACCAGCUUGAGGUGCUGCAGCCCUUCAGGCUUUCAUAAUAAAAGCUGAAAAAGACAACAUUUACUGCUAACACUUUUCCACAUCUAUUUCUAAUGAGCAGGACCAAAUUAUAAUUUUUAUACUAAUCUUUCCAAGCCUUACAAUACUCUGUAAAAAACUAUAAAACAAAUGGGCAACAAACAGGGGUCAAUAAACCCCAAGCUAUAGCACCUAAAACAGUAUAAUAAGCAAGAAGGGUCAAGUGAAAGAGCGCAGCAAAAAAGCAAUUACAUGACAACAUUGUUUUCUCCAGAACAAAAUAAAACAUUACUAUACCAUUUUCUAAUUUUUUUUUUCCGAUGUGAUGUGUGGGUUUUACACAACUGAACUGCAGCAGAAAAAUAACUUUCCUUGAGUCUGGGGAACUGUUUGUUUUGUUUAUUGAAUAAAAUAUUAGACAAAUUGCAGACUUUUUCAGUUUUUCAGUCCAAUUUUAUGCCAAGG